AUGGGCGAUGUUCAGAAGCGCGCGUUGCAAGACAUUUCGAACGAACUUAUUCAGCUGACUACAGAGCGCGAGGAGCGGCUCAAGGGCGCGCCAGCGAACGCGGAUGGCGCCGUCGAGUCGCGCGAGGUCAACGGUCAGGCGGCAGUGAAGCGGCUGCAGACGAGUUUUGUGGAAAGCGGCGUGAGUGCGGCGCUGCUGCGCUAUCUGAGAGACGCGGGGCCGCUGCUGCUGCGGGACUCGUGGGACCUGCCGGGCGGCCACGACGACGCUGAGGCGGCACGGCAGCAGCUCAAGGCGGCCAACAGCGACGCACAGGCGAUGGCAGAUGAGAGAUGCGACGCCCUGCGACAGGCGUGCGAGCUGCUGGGGCAAGAAGAGGAGAGGAUGGAGGAGCUCCAGCUGGAUGACCAACUCAGCGCGCUCUCCAUCGAGCUGGCAGCGCUGGAGAGGGCAGAGGCGGCGCUGCAGCACGCGGAGGAGGCGGCGGGGCAGGUCAUGUGCAGCGCACAGGGAGAGGGCUCCGAGGCAGCGCAUGUGGCGGCGCUCACCCGUGUGAAGGCACAACUGGCGGCGUCGCUGCAGCACUGUGCUGCUGCUGAAGGGCUCUCCUCGCACCUCGCCACUGCUGCUGCCACACAAGCGAGAGAGGAGCAGAGCCACCCCGCAGAGGGGCGUACGAGGAGCGCCAGGCCAUCGCCCACCGCUACCACCACCACCGCUACCACCACCACCGCUACCACCACCACCGCUACCACCACCACCGCUACCACCACCACCACCGCUAACACCACCACCACCGCUACCACCAGCACCACCAGCACCACCAGCACCACCAGCACGCAGCACGCGGCAGAGCAAGGCAGCGAGGCGCAGGCAGCAGUGCAGCAGCUGGCGGCGCUGCUGUGCCCCGCCGCCCUCACCGCCCAGACUGCCCGCUCCCUCUCCCUGCACCUCCCCCUCCCCUCUCCCCACUCUCUUUCGAGCCCGCCACUUGAGCGUGAGGCAGCCGCUUCAGCCAGCGCUGCAGCACACGCCUCUGCCUUGGCCACCGGGAAGGGGGGCUUGCCUGAUGUGGCGUGGGGCAGCACAGGGGAGGGCAGCACAGGGGAGGGCAGCACAGGGGAGGGCGGCAGUGCGUCAGUGGAGGUGGCUGUGCUGCCUGGAGGGCACGUUGCUUCCGCAUCCAUUGUGAGACGCCUCUCUCCGCUGCUGCCAUGCCCCCUGCUUCUUCCACCUGCUUUGAUGCUCCCUCCCUCUGCCCACCUCUCCGUGUGCACUGCCCGUCCCCCCAUUGCUACUGCCUCAUCCCACCACCGAUGCGCCCUUCCCUCCCCACCCUGCAGGACGCACCAGGACUCUCCCACUGCUCACUCCCUCUGCACCCCUCCACCCAUGCUGCAGACAGCUAGGCUCUGCUUUCACGACAUGGGCGGCACCCCUGCACCACGCCCCGCCUCAUGCAUCUCCCCUCCUUGCCUCCCUUGCAGCGCCACAGAGGGCGUCCAGCAGCACCCAGGGGGGGCAGGAGUGCCGGUGGCGGCAGCAGUGGCGGAGGCGGCCUGUCUGCUGCGCCUGCUGGCGCUGCGCCGAGCACACAUGGCACAUGCACUGGCCACCGCUCCCUUCCCCCCCCGCUACAUGGUGGAAAUGGCGGGGGAGGGCGCCUUCAAGGUGAAAUGGGCCAACGGGGCCAUGCUCACCCUCACCGCCUGCAACGACUGGCCAAUGCCGGGCGGCCACCUGGCAGUGGCUGACGUGGAGCUGCCCCACACAGCGCAGUCAGGCGAGGAGAGGCAGCAGCUGCUCUCACUGCUCUCCACUGCUGUGGGAGACGCACAGCGCCAGGAUGGCACGCCUCCAGCCCCCCCAGCCGCGUCAGCCCUAGGCGGCGUGAUAGCAGCGGCAGGAGCGUGCCUGCGCAAGGCCAUGAUGGUGGCGCUCAAGACCACUUGA